AUGGGGACGCUCGGCGCGGCGGCCAUGGCCACGCUCAUGAUCGCCGUCGUCCUUCUCACCGUCCACGCGGCGCCGCCCACGGUGGCGACAGACCACGUCGUCGGGGGCUCGAUGUGGUCCAUCCCGCUGCGCGACGACCUGUACCUCUCCUGGUCCUACAACACGACGUUCUACGCCGGCGACAACCUGGGUGAGCCCUUGGGAUUCUCCUGCAUUGCGUUCUGCAACAGCACUCUACUGACGCCACCACAUCCGCGUUCAGUUUUCAGGUUCCCGAUUGGGUUCUACGACGUGGUCCAGGUGUCGAGGAGGGAGUACGAGGACUGCACUGCCGACGACCCCUACAACAUCAACAACUUCCGCGUCCCACCGGCCGUCGUCCCGCUCGACUACAAAGGCAUGCGCUACUACGUAUGCAGCGUCGGCAACUACUGCAAACUUGGCAUGAAGUUCCAUGUCACGAUCCAACCACGCUAG